GACAUCAUAUCGAGGUCAGCAUAGCAGCAGCAGUAUAUACCGUAGAAGAAGGUUAGGGUUGUGAAAUCUGAUUAGUCAUCGUCCAUCUGUCGGUCUCCGUUUACCCCAUAGCUGGAAGAAAAAACAAGUAUAUUGUUUCAAGAAUAUGGCUGACGAACAGCAGCAACAGCAGGAGACCCCAACGGAACAGGAAUCUGCCCCUCCAGUCUCCCCGGAAACCCAACCAGCAGCAGAGCCUGAACCCGAAACCAAAGGGGCCGAGGGUAAACCGCCCCCUCUCCAGGACGAGAUGGAGAAGUUUCGAGCCCUGGGAAAGACUGCGUUCGUGGCAGGGUACACAGGAGAAUGCGGGAAGGCCCUGGUCCAGGAGCUGGCCAGGACCAAGAUCUUCAGUAAGGUCUUCUUGAUUGGACGACGGGAGGUUCCUCUCAAAGGGGAUGUCUUCAACGAUUUCUCAGCAGAACAGAAGGUUGUUGACUAUGAUAACCUAGAUGCCUCAGAUGAUAUCUUCAAAGGACCUUCUGUUGGCUAUUGUUGUCUAGGAACAACCAGAGGCAAGGCUGGCAAGGAAGGCUUCAAGAAGGUGGAUCACGACUACGUGAUGAAGAUUGGAGAGCUCGCAAAAAAGAACGGCUGUGAACAGUACCACUUAGUAUCGUCAAUGGGAGCCAAUGCUAAAAGCAGUAUGCUCUACCCAAAAGUCAAGGUAUGGGACUACACUACAAUUUUUAACCAAAAUUGUGUAACACUGGCAUGUGUAUUGGUCGCGUGUAAUUUUGUUGAACUUCUGGUUAGGCGCAGCAAACUUAUUAUCGGUUGCGGGUCGCCGCGCCUCGGACGAAAUCCCACCGUCCGGGACGAUUCGGUUAUUCAGCGAGCACCUUUUUCUCCUAGCGCGCCCCGGACGCGGCGCACCGCUAUUCAUCCCGCCGCGCCCGGGACGACAGAUCCAAGAGCUCUGCAAUAUCAGCCGUAGCCUUAUACGAGAUUCAUCCCGCCGCGGGUGGGACGAAAUUACGUCAGAGGCCAGCACUGGCCCUUCGUCCGACCCGCAGGUUGGACGAAAUUACGUCACAGCUACCUACCUCGAUAUAUAUCGGGCGAAGUUCGUGCAGGCUCCACUCCACUUCACUACCGCUACACUACACUCCACCUACCCGAACUUCGGGACAGUGAACUCGAUCGGAUAUUCCGAGUCACAAAGGUGGGAUGGAAAUCAUGUUUAUUGUGAAAAUUAAAGAAAAAAAAUAUAACGAGACAGAUAAAUAACUUAAUAUCUUACUCUACACCCGUAUUUCACUCCGUGUCCCGGGCCGUGUCCAUCCUCCGGUUAUCCUCAAAAUUUGUGAUUUUGGGCCAGUAUCAAUUUCCUCACACGUACGUACGCCCGGCCCGUGCUAUUAUUUAUUUAUUUAAUUUUUUUUUGGGGGGAUGCCGUAAUUAACUUUUGCUAUAGUCAUGAUAGUGGUAGAAAACUGAGUGAUAAUACGUCAAGUUGAUUCUUAAGUUGUUUGUACCUCUCUUCUUUUCCUUCCCCAUAAUUGCGUUUAUUAACUUUCAUAUCUAAUUCAUCUUUUCUUUAUUCAAAUUGACGCCUGUUUUGUGUGUUCUUUUAUUUCUAACGUACGUAAAAAGGAUACUUUGAUUUUGCGAACAAUCUUCAUGUUCUGUUUUUGAGCAAAGCUAGUGGGAAUAUCAUAAGCAGAGAAUAUAUGCAUAAUACAAUAUUAUUUUCAUAACUUUAUAAUUCAUGAUUUAAAAAAUAUAAAAGAGAGGUUAAUGGUAGUGGUGGUAAUGACGAUGGAGCAGAAAUAUUCUGAGCUUUAAUCCAGGGACACCAUUUCAUACAUUGUUUGGUAGAAAAAAAUGCUAUUAGGCCUAGGUAAUGGGUCGAGACUGUACUGACCAACUAGACUGGUUUUAGACCAAUUAAGAAUUUAUCGUAUAUGAUUAUAAAAAUCAUAUGCAUUUUUCCUUUUCCCUCUUUCUAUCCCCGGUUUCGACCACUCUCCCUCGAAAAGAAAGAAACAAUAAUUCAUUAAUACAUACAUGUAUAAAGACAAAGUACUAGUAUAGGUCUAGCUAGCUGGCUAUGCAAUACACACGUUGUGCUUUAUAUACCAAACCGGCAUGCACGCGCAGCUACUGAGCUAGCUAUAGUACAGUACGUGUAUUAUGUAGACUCGGUUACGUUAGACUUGUACCUAAUUAUGUAUUCAUAUUUUCUAUUUUUAGAUGAUAGGUCGAGCGCGUAUAAGUAAAUCGAGCAGCACAUGCACACACCACAUGUACGAACAUACACAAUACACACGUACACAUGCACAGUUUCCUGAUGCGAUAGCCGCGCCGCGAUCUGGUAUUAUAUUACAGUACACGUACAGAAGGCAGAUGGAGGGUAGCCGGGGUUUAGGGGAGGGAAGCAGCUAGGCCGCGCUUCCUGGGCUUAGAUGGGAUAUGGGGGGGGGGGGGGGGGGGGGGAGCAGUUGGGAUGGGAGAUUGGGAGGGUGUUUUAUUUGAGUAAUACUCAUUCAGUUCAAUUACGUCGUUAUAAUUUUUUUUUGGUGGGAUGCCGUAAUUAACUUUUGCUAUAGUCAUGAUAGUGGUAUAAAACUGAGUGAUAAUACGUCAAGUUGAUUCUUAAGUUGUUUGUACCUCAAUCUCUUCUUUUCCCCAGAAUUGCGUUUAUCAACUUUCAUAUCUAAUUCAUCUUUUCUUUAUUCAAAUUGACGCCUGUUUUGUGUGUUCUUUUAUUUCUAACGUUAAAAGGAUAUCUGGAUUUUGCGAACAAUCUUCAUGUUCUGUUUUUGAGCAAAGCUAGUGGGAAUAUCAUCAUAAGCAGAGAAUAUGAUUGAUAUGCAGAAUACUAUAUUAUUUUCAUAACUUUAUAAUUCAUGAUUUAAAAAAUAUAAACGAGAGGUAAUGGUAGUGGUGGUAAUGAAGAUGGAGCAAAAAUAUUCUGAGCUCCAGUCCAGGGACACCAUUUCAUACAUUGUUUGGUAGACAAAAUGCUAUUAGGCCUAGCUAGGUAAUGGGUCGAGACUGUAUACUGACCAACUAGAUUGGUUUUAGACCAAUUAAGAAUUUAUCGUAUAUGAUUAUAAAAAUCAUAUGCAUUUUCCCUUUUCCCUCUUUCGAUCCCCGGUUUCGACAUCCCUCCCUCGAAAAUAAAGAAACAAUAAUUCAUUAAUAAAUACAUGUAUAACAGGGAUGGAAGGGUGUUUUACUUCUAAUUCUCAUUCAGUUCAAUUGCGCCUUUAUAAUUUUUUUGUUAUAUUUGUAUUUUUUUGUCUACAGACUAUAAGUAUUUACUUUGUUCUAGAUGAUUUGAAUGUUAUAUUCUGUAUUUUUUGGUACAAUUUUGUGUAUUAUGAAUAAUUACUUUGUGAACAAUGUUUUGUUGAUGUACUAUUACUUGUAUGAUUCUGAACUGAAUGAUUUUGAUAAAUACUAUUAC